GUUGCCAGUAAAGUCAUUCAGUGUUUUCAGAAAGCUGAAGCCAGAAGCAAGUUCACAGACUUUGUUGUCCUCGUCGAUGAUUUGAAGUUCCCCUGUCACCGCUUUGUCCUCAGUUCCUGUUCUGGGUUCUUUGAAGCACUGUUGAGAUCCGACAUGCGAGAAAAGUACGAGAGACAAGCCACGGUCAUAGGGAUCACACCGGCCGCGUUUCAACUGGUGCUGGACGCAAUGUAUGGCAAUUGCGCUGCCUUGACAGAAGAUAACAUAUUGGAAGUUUGGCACGCAUCUAACCAAUUACAGAUCGAGUUCUUGAUUGAAAUUUGUGAAACUCAUAUCUUAAAAUCGAUUAAUGUCAACAAUUAUUGGGAUAUUUACGUCAACGCCGAGUGCCUGGAUUCUGUCAAAGUUAUGGGCGCCGUGAAAAACUACAUGGUUCAAAAUUUCUUUCAAGUUGCUAGUUCUGGUGAAUUUAGAAAAAUUUAUUUUGAAGACUUCCUGGAAAUACUGCGUAGUGACAAAUUGCCAGUUUGUACAGAUUUUAUUGUAGAGUCCAUUCUGAAAUGGACCAACAUAACAUUUGAAGGUAACACGUCGGCUAAAUCUAUA